AUGGCACCUACUGCCGUGAAUAUCGAAGCCACAUCGGACAGCAUCGACGCCGUCAAUGUCCUAAAGACAAACGCAAAGCAGGCCUCGAAGGACCUGUACGAUGAAUCCGAAUUUGACAAAUCCAAGAACAAGAACAAUUUCCGCCAGUUCAACGAUGCUUGUGACCAGGUCAAAAACUUCUACGCUCAGCAGCACACCCUACAAACAGUGGCAUUCAACCUGCAGGCCCGCAAUGACUUUCACAAUAAGACCCGUGCAAACAUGACUGUUUGGGAAGCAAUGGAGAAGUUGAACACAUUUAUUGAUGAAUGUGAUCCCGACACCCAGGAAUCUCAGGUGACACACCUGCUCCAGUCUGCUGAAGCCAUCCGCAAAGAGGGUAAGCCACGCUGGAUGCAGCUUGUUGGAUUGAUCCAUGAUCUGGGCAAGCUUCUUUUCUUCUUUGGUGCCCAGGGCCAAUGGGAUGUUGUGGGUGACACGUUCCCCGUCGGAUGUGCAUUUGAUGAUAGAAUCAUCUUUGGGACUGAGUCUUUCAAGAAGAAUGAGGAUUUUGAAAACCCAGUCUACAGCACAAAGUUCGGCAUCUACUCCCCUGGAUGUGGCCUAGAGAAUGUCAUGCUCUGUUGGGGACAUGAUGAAUACCUUUAUCAUAUCGUCAAGGAUCAGUCGACAAUUCCUGAUGAGGGUCUGGCUAUGAUUCGAUACCACUCGUUUUAUCCAUGGCAUCGCGAGAACGCCUAUCAUGAGCUUAUGAAUGAGCAUGAUAAGAAGAUGCUUGAAGCUGUGCGGGCUUUCAAUCCGUAUGACUUGUACUCCAAGACUGAUGAGGUACCAAACGUUGAAGAGUUAAAGCCAUACUAUCUUGAACUCAUUGAUGAGUUUUUCCCGACAAAGGUUCUGAGAUGGUGA